ACAUGAUUUACAUGUACGGGAUGAUGUACAGAGUUCAGUGAUCUUUAUGAUGAUAUGUCAAUCAUUAACUCAUGUCCAGUCAAGAACAACUCAGUAACUAGUCAUGAGAUACAAUGCCGAUAGUGUUUUUAUAUAAAUAAUCAACAGUUUUAAAGCCAUAAAUGACAAAUUUACAGCAGAGCAAAGAGAAGUGUUAAUAACGAGGAAGCAGCCUGUUUAAAAAUACUGACUGUCAUACACAGAGUGUUCAUUCACUGACAACACUGAUGCAGACAUGACUUUUUCAUAUAUCCCUCAACUAAUAUGCCUACUCACUGGACUCAUUGAAAUUCACAGUGAAAUUAUUACAGUGAGUAAAGUGUCGGUCGAGGCUGGACGCUCCAUCUCUAUCCCCUGUCUCUAUGAUCCACACUACACAAACCAUGUGAAAUAUCUGUGUAAAGGAUAUUAUUGGAUCUCCUGCAAACCUGUAGUAACAACAGACCAACGAAGUUCAGGAAGGUUUUCAAUCUCUGAUGACAAAAACAGAAGAAUCUUCACCGUGACUAUAAAUGAUCUGACGAGUGGGGACACUGGCUGGUGGUGGUGUGCUGUGGAGAUCGGCGGGCAUGACAUAAUAGACGAGAGAGCAUAUUUUUAUCUGUCAGUCACUAAAGAUGUGCCAAGUCUGUCUGUGGAGCAACAGGAAAUUGUCGCAUUUGAAGGAGGAAGUGUGACUGUUAUAUGCCGCUAUACAAAUGACAACAGAAUAGUAACAGAAUGGUGCAGGCUGGACAACACCUGUGUGAUUGCGAGCGAUCAGACUGGAACAAUAGAUGGUACAACAGUGACUAUCAAUCAAAGUGUCCCCAAUGUUUUCAUUGUGACUAUGAGUGAAUUGAAGGCAGACAGCAUAAACUGGUAUCUUUGCAAAAGCCAAAACCUCCAGAUGCCAGUACACAUAAGUGUUCAUGAAUUAACCUCAACUACUACAACUACUAAGACUACUACAACUUCUCCGACUACUACAAGUACUACGACUACUACAAGUGCUAUGACUACUACAAGUGCUAUGACUACUACAACUACAGCAGAGACACUUCCAACCACUCCCCAGCAUUCGUCCUUGCUUACGAGUGCAGAGACACAUACAGCUCAGCCAACAAACCCAACCAUUAACGGGACAGGUGGAGACAGCCUGCAAGCUGAACACAAGAUUUCCACAAGGACGAUGAUUCUCAUCACCUCCCUCACUCUUUCCCUCAUCGUGCUCUUACUUGUUCCUGCUGCCUUUUUUGGUUGGAGGAUGAUGAGACGUCGUCAGGUCAAACCUGAGGGGGCUCACAUCCCUGCGGGCUCACAAACUGGGAGUCAUCCUGAUGAACUCUACGUCAACAUUGUUCCAGAUCAACAUAUAUACGAGAUUGAACUUGAAGAUGAUCUACAGCACACUACACAUUAAAAUACAUGUACAAUGAGCAAAAAAGACGAGAAGACAGAAUGGCUAACACUGCUGGGGUCAUUCUGGUGUGCGCUUAUUUUACUUAAUUUUUUGAUAAAUCAAUCAAUCCUGCAGUCUGUAGUGACUCCACACCAACACAGGGUGGGUAGUAACACGUUACAAGUGAUGCUCAAGUAAAAAGUAUUUUUUAAGGAAUGAGUAUUAUUCAUGUCCUUUUUUUAAAACUUCAACUCUUUACUUAAGUAUAUUUUUGAGUCAGUAAUCUACUUUGUACUUAGCUACAUCAGUUAUACCUUGUUUCAAUUAGUGGGUGACAGCUCCCUGCUGAACUGCUGCUGCAUUAACACAGACUUCUGACUAUAGCUGAAAAUAUUUCGCAAUAAAAGCCAGUUGUUAACAAAUUAGUGGAUUCUGUCCUCGUGACCAUUAGAGGGCUUUUAUUUUGAAACAUAUACCUGCUCUUACAUAUUGCACUGGACAGUCAUAUCUGUUCAUUUACAAAAGAUGAAAAAGAUGGACACUUGGAAUUGCUGUUCACUGUUUAUGUUGAAUGGUUGUCUUGGUUAAAUGGCUGGUUUGGAUGUCACUUCUCUUUUUUUAGUUUUUCAAAGUGUUUUAAUUUGUCCGUUCUGGGACAGGGAAACGGACAAAGAGAAGUGUAGAUGAGAGAAAGAGGAACAGAUUAACUAUCAGAGAUUAAGGUUAUCCUCAAACAUUGUAUUUAUUUGCUGAACAUAUGCUUUAUUUAAAAAAAGGUUUAUGAACAAGUGCUGUUUUUCAUCAUUUUGCACGAUGUAAUUGGUACUACAUCAUUUGUCAUGAGUUGUUGUUGGUUACUUAACUCUCAAAUUUGUCAGAAUAAACAUGGUGAUGAUUUGAACAUGAUUUACAUGUAAGGGAUGAUGUACAGACUUCAGUGAUCUUUAUGAUGAUAUGUCAAUCAUUAACUCA